ACUGCGCAGGUGGGUACCCGGUACUAGGUUACCUACAUAUCACAGGGUGGUCUGCUCGUAGACAUACAUGUAGGGCAAGCCACCAAGCCAAAGAUCACGACCUCACCUCCUCACCACAUCAUAUACCCUAGUUGCAUCUUUCGCGAUGCCAGCCGAUUCCGCACAACCAGAACCUGCCCAGCUUGACAAGCAUGGCUAUCUAUUCGGGCAAAAAAUCGCAGCCUCCCUGUCGCCCUUGUUCCACAGCGUGAUAUUCAAGGAACUCGGGCUCAAAUGGGAGCAGUCCCGAUUAGACUCGGCAGACAUCCCGCAUUUCUUGACACUGAUCAAAGAUCCCAACUGUUUCGGAGCAUCCGUCACCAUGCCGAACAAGAUCGGCAUAAUGCAGCACCUGGAGGAGCUGACGGACGAGUGCCGCGACGUCGGCGCCUGCAACACCAUCUACUACAAGCCGGGGCCCUGCGGCCGGCGCAUCGUCUGCGGCACCAACACGGACGUCGUCGGCGUGCGCGAGUCCUUCUACCGGAACGUCUCGGACCCGGACGCCGUGUUCCACCACAAGCCGGCGCUGGUCAUCGGCGGCGGCGGCGCGGCCCGCAGCGCCGUGUACGCGCUGCGGAGGUGGAUGCGCGCGACGCGGAUCUACCUCGUGAGCCGCGACCGGGCCGAGGUCGACGCCGUCACGUCCGACUGCGCGGCGCGGGGCUACGGCGACACGCUCGUGCACGUCGCGAGCGCGGAGCAGGCUAGGGGCCUGCAGGUGCCGGGGGCCAUCGUGUCGUGCGUGCCGGACUUCCCGCCCGUGACGGCGGAGGAGAAGGCGGCGCGCGAGGUCGUGGAGGCGUUCUUGGGCAUGGAGGCCAAGGGGUGCGUGCUCGAGAUGUGCUACAACCCGACGCCGUACACGGAGCUGGGGGCCCUUGCGGAGCGCGCGGGGUGGCAGGUCAUACUGGGGACGGAGGCGAUGAUAUGGCAGGGUUUUGAGCAGGCGAAGUACUGGACUGGGUUAAAUGUGGAUGAUUUGCCGCAAAAUUUAGUAAAGGAGGCUAUCGCUAAACAUUUGGUGCAAAUUGCUCGAGUGUAAGGCCAUCUCAGCUGAGAUGUCUGGAUAGGUCGGUCCCUAGUAUCAAUAGAACGUGAGAGCAUUCAAUGUUUUUCAUCCUUGGCAAUCUCCCUUGAAGCUCUCAUAGGUACGCUACAUCAUAAAUGUAUGCAAGGCCAGCAGUAGUGCAUCGCCGAAUUCUCAGGUAUAGUAUUUGAUACAUGCACUAUGCCAUCGUUUCCGUCCCCUCCCGCCAAC